GAUUUUAUGUUUACUGCUCACUCGUGUCUAUAUUGUCAUUAUAAUCUAUCAUGUGAUACCCCACGAAAAGAUUUUAACACGCGAAACUGUUUAUGUGAAUAUGCUCAUAAACGGUGUAAAGAAGAAGCAUGUGAAACUUGCUGCGACUAUUCACGCUGCCUAGUAAUUCAAUACCCAACAUGUGAUGUUGAACGUGUCGCGCGAAUAGAUAAAAAUUGUAGUUGUAAAGAAAAUCACGAAAGGUGUAAAGAUGAAACUUGUAAGAGAUGUUGCGAUUUCUACAAUAAAAUCAUCUCUUGUAGAAACUGUUAUCUCCGAGAUAAAAAAUGCGAAUGGUCAAGGGUGAUGUGUGAAGAAGAUUUUGAUAUUAAAAAGGAAGAAAUAAAAACUCUUGGUUUUUACUCAGCCGGAUUUGAAAGAGGAAGCGAGUUUGGGAAGCUUCAUUUACAGGGGUACAUCCAAUUUAAUACUAGAGUCACCGGAAAAUAUGUAAAGCAACAUUUUGGAAACAAUUUACAUAUCAUCAUGCCGACCUUUAACCCUCGAAAAAAACAAAAUUCAAAUAGACCAUAUAAAACUGGCGCAGAAUGUAGACAUGAAUAUUCUAUAAAGAGAUAUGAUAAAUGCGCGAUACACAUACAUUGUUCAUGUAGUUACAUCGAUCUUGAAGAUGUAUGCGAUGAGUGUCUCCCCACGAAGGAAACGUGUAUUCAAAAUAGAAGAUCGCUUGAAAUAAAAGACAGAAAUGGAAUCGUUAUCGAAAAGUAUAUAUUCGGUAAUCUAAACAAGAAGAUAGGAUCGAGAAAACGAAUGAGAGAUAGAACAGAAGAAGAAACAGCUGAUGAUAUAUCAGUUAUCUCUAACGAUGACGACCACCUCGGUCAAGGAAUAACCUCGCCUAAUCCUAGUUCAUGGCAAAGAAAAAGAAGGCAGAAUAAUGCUGGUAAAAAUGAUAACCAAAAUGAAAAGAAAAUAGCAAAUUAUACAAUGAUGUUAGAUUCUUUGGAAAGAGGGGGGACUGC